AUGAUGAUCAAAUUAUUUUACUCUUUCGAUCAAAUACAAACCAAUAAGAUUUUGAUUAUUAAUAAUCUGUUAUUGAAAAUGAAGAAAUGUAAAUUAAAUUAUAAGAAAUUCAAUUUAAAUCUAAUGGAAUUUUAUAUUAAAGUGAAUCCAAAUUAUUAAUUAUCAGCAUUUUUUAAUUAUGUUACAAGUAGAUUCAUAAUGGUAAUGUAGUCAAAAUAAAUUGCAAUCAUUUUUAUCAUAUAAAUUGCUUAAGGUUUUGACAGAGAUGUAAAUUAUGGAUAGAACUAUGUGUUAAAUUAAAUGUAAGUGUGGAAGCAAAUUAAGAACAAACAUCAUAAGAACUAUUCCAGAUCUAUCUAAUAGAAUAAAGUUACUUAAUUACUUAUUUUCUUCAAAUUAAUAUAGAUCUUACACACUGGCUUUAUUUAUUAAAGCAAUACUUCUACCUCAGGUAGAGAAUAAAAAUUAUAAAUUUCUAAAAUUAUAUCAUACUACAUAUAUAUAUAUCUAAUAUUGUAUUUUAUAAUUUAAAGAAUACGCUUAUAAUAAAUGAGAUUUUCAUAAGAUAUAAAUAAAAAAUCAAUAAUUGAAAUUAGAAUAGCAGUUAGAGUUUAUUUUAGUAGUAAAUUUGAAAUAUUUACAAAGUAAAUUAUCAACUUCUCUUUUAUAUAUAUCUUAAUUUGA